AUGGGCUCGUGUUCAAGAAAUUGUGCCACUGAUGAUGCGAAACAAAUGGAACAACUUGGAUCAUCGAUUUCUUUUCACGUCGGAAUUUUCGGAGCCGCUGCAGAACUCUCCAUGAAUUGCGACACUGCUCCGCUGUUGGAGACUGGAGAGUCUAGCGGCGACCCCCGGACUCGGACGCUGUUGGAGACUGGAGGGUCUAGCGGCGACCCCCGGACUCGGAAGCCUUGGAAUGGCAACGACCUGCGGGAGUUUGUGUGGAACUCCAAACCAUGCUGUGGCAACGCGCUUCAUAUGGCCAUCGCAGAGGGUGACCGAGAUGAAGUGGUGCGGAUUUUGAGGUCAACGUCCAAUCCAGAGGACCUUUGCAGAGCACCUUUUUCCUGUCAGACUGCAUGGACACCCCAGUUUUCUGGAGGGAGUCCGAUCAGCUCCCAUGUUCAGCUGGCGGGGGAAGCCAUUCAUGCAGCAGCCUCUGGGGGACAUCUAGAAAUCCUGAAAGAUCUGCUAGCACAUCGUGCUUCUUUGGAGGCCCCCGUGCUGAAGGACGGCGUGGCCUAUUGCGGAGUUCUUCACGCUGCGCUUCUGGGAGAUGGUCCAGGACUGGAGGCUGUGGUCAAAUUCCUCCUUUCGAAGACCGAACUCACCUGCACUGCAGCCGGGAAGCAUCCUCUACAUUUCGCCGCCAUGGCUGGAAAUCCCUCCUUAAUUUGCUUAGUGAGGCAUUUCAUGAAAAAGCAAGGCAUAACCGAAGCAGAUAUUGCUGGUGCCACCAGCGAGAAAGAUCUGAACUCCAUCGAGCUGCAAGCACCCCUCACGCUGGCCAUCCAGAUGGCCACCAUGAAAAUGAAGGAUUUGGUGCUGUCCGCGGAGCCAUCCUCAUACUCUUUGAAGUUAUUCAUGAAGGACUGCCCGGAGGCGGUUCCACUCUUCUUACAGCGAAUGAAGAACCUUGGGAUCCUAAAGGACGUUUUGCAGCAAGCGAAUCUCACCAGUCUGGACGUUGCAGCGGUCUUGCGGGAGUCGGUGUCGGCAGCUGAGAGCAUUUUGGAUUGUGCCACGACAAGGCCUCUGUGCGAUGAGGAACACUAUCCUUUGCCUAGGAAUGUUAGCUUUGCUGCUCGCAAUUACGAACAAGCGGUGUGGAACAUGCUGAAUCGUGGGAUGUGGUCUGUGGAGGUCUUUACAGUUCUUGACAGCUACGAUGCAUGGCACUACCGUGGAUGGAAAAGUGCUUGGCACCAGACAUUGACCAACACCAAAUUUGGUCGCCCUAUUCGAGCACCUGAGAUCCGGGUAUGCCACAUCCGAGAUUUGAUUUCACCACAGCUCUUUGUUGCGCUUGCAAGUUCUGACACGGAUUGCAAGAUCUUUGGCAAUCGCUGUGUGGCUUUUCUGGUGGCGCAUGUUUUCGAAAAUCACGCGGGACCAGUGGAGUUCGUUCGCUGCCUCGUGAAUCUCUGGAUUUUGAUCUUGUUGAAUCUUCAUACAUGGUACCUCCAUGAGCCAGAAAGUAUGCAAUCUGCUGUCAUUGUGGUCUCCGUGAGAUUUCUGGCUGCCCAAUCUGUCGUUGAAAUCAUUUGGGAAGGGGUUCAAUUUUAUGGAUAUGCGUCCAUUGGCCAAGCUCGCGACUACUUGAAAUUUGAGAACUUCAACGACUUUUUCUGGGCAGUUCUACCCUCAUACUUGUGGUAUGAUCCGCAGUGCGAAGUGGUGAUGUUGCUGACCAUCUUUUUGUAUUGGUCCCGCAUUCUUCUCUUCGCCAGUUUCUGCGAGCCCAUCGGUCGUACCUUGCAGCCUUUCACCAACAUUUUGCAGAACCUAGGGCCGGUACUCUUCAUCACCUUGAUUGCCUUUGCAGCCUUCAGUCAUGCCUUUUUUUCCCUGAGACGUUCAUCCUUCGAUGAGUCGCUCUACGGAUCUUUCGUGACCCUGAUUGCCGCGGGGCUACCAUCGGAACCCAGCGACAACGAGCUUCAAGCGAUCCUGCUCUAUGUGUCGGUGACAUUCUUCACGGUCUUCAUUUUGAAUAUCUUCAUUGGAGUUAUUGGAGAAGAGUAUAGCCGUCUCAAGGAGGAAUGUGAUUUGGGCUUCAAACAGUUAAGAGCCAAGAUGUGCAUGGAGUACAUCUUGCGAAAACACUUCUUCCAGAUUCACAUUUGCUCCAAAACCAUGAGCAAACUGGUGUGCCUCACAGCGCUAUCCAUUGGUUUGACUAUCCAAUUCAUCUCUGUGUGCAACAAUGGGCACCGCUAUGCUAACUUGGAAGGUGCUUCCUAUGUGAUGCUGCUGUGUUUUAUGCAUGGGGCCUUCUAUAACUCCCCUGGCUCUCACAAGCUGGUGGCGCCAGAUGAAGACGAUCCCAGCUACUUUUGGUACUGCUGUGAAGCAGAGCGUGAAGUCGUUGAGCAAGCAGACUUGCGAGAGAUCGACUUGAACAUCGAGACAUAACGACCGGCCGACGGGUUGAUUUCAUGUCACCAAACAAUUUUCCAAUGAACAUGGCGAUUUCAUGGGAAUAUCUCCUGAACUACUUGGGAAUAU